UGGCUUAUUUUCCACUCAUUUUGUUGGACCAUUGCUUCUGGCUUUAUAUUUUUCUACCUCUUCCUUGUGUUUGUUAAAAUACCUGAAUUAGAUUAGGAAACACUUCUAGGGAUCCAUAUGUUUUGCAGAUUCAGUUGAUUAGAAAAAUUAUUUUUGUGGGUUGAAUGGCUACCCCAUAGUGUAUCCAGGUUGUAUUUUCAUUUUCAUUUUUUCUUUUAAGUCAUACAACAAGACAAUUCACACAACUUUCUAACCCAUUGAAAGUUGCAACAACAUGGCAAAGAGAGCUCUUUAAAUAGAAACUUGGCACAAGGUGGGAGUCCUCAUAAUAAUUUUUCUUCUGUGGAAGGAGACAAGGAAGUGAAGCAGAGGAGCAUUACCAAAGGAGGAGCAAUGAGGGCAAGUCCUAUCCUUUACCUCCUAUCACUUCUUCUUUUAUCACUACUUCACAGACCCACCUUUGCCCACAAAAAGUCAUACGUGGUGUACUUGGGAGCCCAUUCACAUGGCCAAGAAGUCUCAUCCAUUGAUUUGAAUCAAGUAACAGACUCUCAUUACGAGUUACUGGGAUCUUUUUUGGGGAGUUGUGAUAAGGCCAAAGAUGCCGUAUUUUACUCCUACACACGACACAUCAAUGGUUUUGCUGCAAUACUGGAUGAUGAAGAAGCAGCCCAGAUAGCUAAACAUCCCAAAGUAGUCUCAGUAUUCUUGAACAAGGGAAGACAGUUACACACAACCAGGUCAUGGGACUUCCUGGGCCUUGAGGAUGAUGGCGUAAUUCAUCCCAGCUCUGCUUGGAAGAAAGCAAGAUUUGGUGAAGACACCAUCAUAGGCAACCUGGACACUGGUGUCUGGCCUGAAUCGAAGAGCUUUAGCGAUGAAGGGAUGGGACCAAAGCCAUCAAAGUGGAAAGGAAUAUGUCAAACUGAUGAAGACGCUAGUUUUCAUUGCAACAGGAAGCUGAUUGGAGCAAGAUACUUCAACAAAGGGUAUGCUUCUGUAGUUGGGCCUCUCAAUUCUUCGUUUGACUCACCACGCGACACAGAAGGCCAUGGAUCACACACCUUGUCAACUGCGGGAGGAAAUUUUGUGCCUGGGGCAAAUGUAUUUGGGUUUGGCAAUGGGACAGCAAAAGGCGGAUCACCAAAAGCCCGGGUGGCUACUUACAAGGUUUGCUGGCCUCCAGUGGGUGGCAACGAGUGCUUUGAUGCAGAUAUAUUAGCAGCCUUCGACAUGGCCAUUCACGAUGGCGUUGAUGUGCUGUCUGUGUCACUUGGGGGGAACCCUGCCCCUUUUUUCAAUGACAGUGUUGCCAUUGGAUCCUUUCAUGCUGUCAAGCAUGGCAUUGCUGUGAUUUGCUCAGCCGGAAACUCUGGACCUGAUGAUGGUACUGUUUCCAACAUAGCACCAUGGCAGAUCACGGUUGGAGCCAGCACCAUGGAUCGCCAGUUUCCUAGUUACGUAGUCCUUGGCAACAAGAUGAGCUUGAAGGUUACUUCCCACAUCCAGGGAGAAAGCCUUUCACCAAAAGCCUUACCGAACAAAAAGUUCUUUCCAAUUGUUAGCGCUGCAGAUACCAAGGCUGCUAAUGCAUCAGCUGGAGACGCUCUGCUUUGCAAGGCUGGAACAUUGGAUCUGAGAAAGGUGAAGGGGAAAAUAUUGGUGUGCCUUCGAGGGGACAAUGCAAGGGUUGACAAGGGUAGGCAAGCUGCUUUGGCUGGUGCUGUGGGAAUGGUUCUUGCCAAUGACGAGGCUUCUGGGAAUGAAAUUCUUGCUGAUCCUCAUGUCCUCCCUGCUUCACAUAUCAAUUACACUGACGGUGUUGCUGUGUUCAGUUACAUCAAUUCAACGCGGUCCCCAAUGGCUUCUAUUACAUUUCCAACCACUCAAUUGGGCACAAAACCAGCUCCAUUCAUGGCAGCUUUUUCAUCAAAGGGACCCAAUACCAUUACUCCAGAGAUACUCAAGCCUGAUAUUACUGCACCAGGAGUCAGCGUCAUAGCUGCCUACACGGAAGCACAAGGACCAACAAAUGAAGAUUUUGAUACGCGUCGAGUUCUAUUCAAUUCAGUAUCAGGCACCUCCAUGUCAUGCCCUCAUAUUUCUGGUGUCGUCGGCCUACUGAAAACCCUCCAUCCUACCUGGAGUCCAGCAGCAAUAAGAUCGGCAAUCAUGACCACGGCAAGAACACAAGAUAACAUGAUGGAGCCAAUCACCAAUGCAUCCCACUUUAAAGCAACACCAUUCAGUUACGGAGCAGGGCAUGUGGAACCAAACCGGGCUAUGGAUCCAGGGUUGGUUUAUGAUUUGGCUACCAAUGACUACCUGAACUUUCUAUGUGCCCUUGGAUACAGUCAAACUCAGAUUGAAUUGUUUUCUGAGGGUCCUUAUAAAUGCCCCAAACCCCUUGUUCUAACAGACUUCAACUAUCCCUCAAUCACAGUCCCUAAGCUUACUGGUUCAAUCACUGUGAUUCGAACUGUUAAGAAUGUUGGUUCUCCGGGUACAUACACAGCACGUAUCCUUGAACCGACUGGAACAUCUGUUUCAGUCGAGCCAAAGAUGCUGAAGUUCAAAAGGAUUGGGGAAGAGAAAACCUUCAAGCUUACUAUAAAGGUGAGAAGAUCCAGUGCAGGUAGAGACUAUGUAUUUGGAAAGUUGAUAUGGUCAGAUGGUAAGCACUUUGUGAGGAGUCCUAUUGUGGUGAAGGAAAUCUAGAGACUGAUAUGUUGAUUAAUUUCACAAAUUAAAUCAACCAUUUGAUUUCUACUCUUCCAUUGAAACAGCUUCUAUGAUUAAUUCUAGGCUUUUUUUCAUCUCUCUUUAUGUUUCUUGAUCUUGAUUCACUGUAUUGCUGGAAAAACAGUGAAUAGAAUUAGAUGCCAAUCAUGUGUGGUAUUGACACUGGCGCCACCUUGUACAAGGAGCUUCUAUUCCAGGUUCUUGUUCCCUGUUAAUCUGAACAUCACCUAUCUCCCUCCUUUCACUGUUCAGAUUAGAUUUAAACAAUUGCACACUUUUGCCAGCA